CACGAUUCCGCCUCUCUCUCUCUCUCUCUCUCUCUCUCUUCUCCACUCCUCUCUGCCCUACCGACCGCCACCUAAGGUCGAGUUCGACGCAACGACCGGACCCGAACAACAGUCUCCUAUCUCCCUCAACCCCACAAGGCUACCAAAUUUUACUAGAAGAUGGAUGAGUAUCAGGAGAGGGAAAGGUUCGGCAUGGAUAAUGAUUAUGAUGAUGGCCAGUGGAUUGGUGGCGAGUUUUAUGGCAAGCGCAGACAGAAACGUGUGCAGACCAAAGACGAUGUUCUUUACGGUGUGUUUGCUUCUGGUGAUAGUGACUCUGACGAGGGGUUUGGGUCGAAGAACAAGCGCAGGAAGGAUUCGUCGAAGAAGACUGACUACUCUAAGCCAGUCAGUUUUGUUUCGACUGGCACAGUUAUGCCCAGUCAGGAGAUUGAACAUAAUUCCAAGGAGGAUAAUGAUGUAAUGGAGGAGGAGGAUGUCAAACCUGCUGGUUUAGGCCUCGGAUUUGGUUCUGCUGAUUCGAAAAGGGCAAAUGAAGACAAGGAAGAAGAUGAUGACUUCUUGCCUACUGCCUUUGGGAAGAUUAUCAGGGAAGGUGCGAAGUUGCGGGAAGAGAAGGAAAAGGAGAAGGCUAGGGCAGCCAAAAAAUCAUCUCAAGCUAGCAAAAGGGACUUGGACCCAAAUGGUGUUGGUGAAUUUGAGAAGCAUACCAAGGGUAUUGGAAUGAAGUUGCUUGAGAAGAUGGGCUACAAGGGUGGCGGUCUUGGUAAAAAUGAGCAGGGAAUCACAGCUCCUAUUGAGGCCAAGCUUCGGCCUAAGAAUAUGGGAAUGGGUUUUAAUGACUACAAAGAAGCCGUUCGUCCAGCAAUACAGGAAGUAGAUGAAAAAUCUGUUCCACGUCCAAGCCAUUCUCUAGACGGUCGCAAUAAUGAAAAUCUUUGGUCGAAGAAAGUUUCAAAGAAGAAGGCUUAUAUAACAGCUGCAGAACUGUUGGCCCAGAAGGAAGAGAAAGGUUUUGAAGUUGUUCAGAAGGUUUUUGACAUGAGAGGGCCACAAGUUCGGGUUUUGACAAAUUUGGAAAACUUGAAUGCAGAAGAAAUGGCCAGGGAAAAUGAUGUCCCGAUGCCAGAACUUCAGCAUAAUAUCAAAUUGAUAGUUGAUAUAAUUGAGCAUGACAUUCAGAGACUUGAUGGUAAUCUGAGAAACGAAAGGGAGACUGUGGUUGCUUUACAGAAGGAAAAGGAGAAGCUGCAAAAGGAGGCUGAUGACCAGAAACAACGGCUUGGAAACAUGGAGGAGAUAAUAGCUGUAUUGGACCAAUUGGGCGAGAAGAGCUCUUCAGGAUUGUUAACUUUAGAAUCACUUGCUAAAUCAUUUGUAGAUUUACAGACAAGAUUUCCGGAUGAGUACACAUUAUGCAACUUAUCUUGCAUUGCGUGUUCGCAUGCUCUGCCUCUAUUUAUUAGAAUAUUUCAGGGAUGGGACCCACUACAGAAUCCAACUCAUGGAACUGAGGUUGUAUCAUUGUGGAAGACACUGUUGCAAGGAAAAGAUUCUUUGAAUUUCUCAAGUACAGCUUCUCCAUACGUGCAGCUGCUUAUGGAAGUCGUAUUUCCUGCUGUAAGAAUAUCUGGGACCAACUCUUGGCAGGCAAGGGACGCAGAGCCCAUGCUUAGGUAUUUGGAUUCUUGGGAAGAGCUUUUGCCUCCUCCUAUCCUACAGGCCAUACUCGACAGCGUUGUUAUGCCAAAAAUAUCAGCUGCUGUAGACUCUUGGGAUCCGCAUAGAGAAACUAUUCCCAUCCAUGAGUGGAUCCACCCUUGGUUACCAUUGUUGGGUCACAAGUUUGAGAAUUGCUAUCACACGAUUCGCAAUAGAUUGGCCAGUGUUCUUCAUGCUUGGCACCCAAGUGAUGGAUCAGCUUUUGCCAUAUUGUCUCCUUGGAAGACUGUCUUUGAUCCUGCCAGUUGGGAGCACUUAAUGGUUCGGUACAUCAUUCCAAAACUAUUGACUGUCAUGCAUGAAUUCCAGAUAAAUCCAGCCAAUCAGAGUCUCGAACAAUUUAAUUGUGUCGUGAAAUGGGUGUCUGCUAUUCCUACUCAUCACAUGCUGCAGUUAAUGGAUGUUUUCUUUAAUAAGUGGCAAGAAGUGCUUUAUCAUUGGUUGUGUUCGAAACCAAAUUUUGAUGAAGUGACCCAGUGGUAUCUCAACUGGAAAGAGCUCCUUCCUCAAGAACUUCAGGCAAAUGAGCAUAUCCGGUAUAGGCUUAAUCUUGGUUUGGCCAUGAUGAACCAGGCGGUUGAAGGCAUGGAGGUGGCUACACCUGGAUUGAAAGAGAAUAUUAGCUAUCUCAGGGUGCGCGAGCAAAGGCAGUUUGAAACUCAGAAAAAAGCUGCUGCACAAGCUCAACAUAGGACCAUGCCAAGUUCGGAUAAUGAAAUUCCAGCAGAGGGCAUUAGUGGUGGAAACGAGAUGAGCUUGAAAGAAGUUAUCGAAAUCCAUGCUCAGCAAAAUGGUUUGCUGUUCAAGCCCAAACCUGGUAGAUUGCAAGAUGGGCAUCAAAUAUAUGCAUUUGGUAAUAUAAGCAUAAUUAUAGACUCCCUCAACCAAAAGGUGUUUACCCAGACCGAGGGCAGAUGGUCCCUCGUAUCACUUGAGCAGCUGCUGGAAUUGCAAAGUCGUUCGAAGAUGAGGCGAUAAUGAGCUUCAGAAACUCCUUAAAAGUACAUCCGUGAGAAACAUAGCCAUAAUUGCAUGUGACAUUUUAUAUCCACUUUAUUUCCUGAUUCAGAAAUCUAAUUUUGCCUCAGUUUUUACUCUGCAGAUACGUACCUUAUUAUUAAGAUACAUACAAUGAUGAAUUGUUCCCGUGACUUCUUUUUAACUUGUGAAAUUAGUAGAUAGUUUUAGUUCCUAGUUGGCUAGUUUCAUAGGGUUUUACUUUUACUGUCCUUAUAAGAGUUGGCUACUGUGAAAAAAGAAUAUUAUUGCUCAUGUUUGAAUGUUAGCAAAUGGUCUUUAUUUAGGCCUUAUCCUCAUGGCUAAGUCUUCUCUAUAA